AGGGUCACGUGUAGUCGUUGGGGAACAUCCCAUUCCUGCAAUUAUUCUUUUUUGGUCACAGGUGUCCAAAAACAUUUCUUCUCUUUGACGGGAUCCCAUUGCUGUGGUCAGAGCAGGUAAUUAGUGCUUACCAGCAUUGCCUUGGCUCACAGACUUUAGGGCUGAGAUAACCGCUUGCACACAGGACAAAGCUCGGUGCGGUAAACCGAAAGGAAUUCCCCAAGAUUUCAUUAAACACGACUUGUUACAACUUUUUUUCACAACACCUGGACAGCCACAGGCCCUCCCACGUGGCUCCGAGAGGCAGGAAGCUGGAGAGAGGGGCGGGAAGACCCUCCCUUGCAAGGGGGAGGAGGCAGCAGCUUUUAGCCCACGGGGUAUUUUCCCUCCUCGGCGCUGCCCGCCUUCUCUGUCCCCUCCCAGCAGAGCCCUCCCUCUCAGCCCUGCCCGGAGCUGGAGCCAUGGCCCGGGCAAAGGCUAUGUCCGGGCUGAAGGAAGAGCUGACCUGUCCCAUCUGCCUGCACAUCUACAAGGACCCAACGACCGUGGGCUGCAGCCACAGCUUCUGCAGGACCUGCAUCCAGAAGGUGCUCCUGACCCAGAAGAGCCCUGCCCGGUGCCCGCUGUGCCACUCGCGCGUCGGGGAGCUGCGGCCCAACUUCCACCUCCGCAACAUUGUGCAGAAGUUCCUGGAAGCUCCCGCGCACCAAGAGGAGGAAAAGCAGGAAGGGCAAGGCAGGGAGAAGGGGGAAAGCUCGGGCCAGCCAGAGGAGGUGGUCCUGUGUGAUUCCUGCCUCCAGGAGCCGCAGCCCGCAGUGAAGACGUGCCUGAGCUGCGAAGCCUCGCUGUGCCAAGCGCACCUGAGCAGGCACAACAGCAAGAACGACCAGAAGAACCAUGUGCUGGUGGAGCCCUGCGAUGGCCAGCUUUUGGCUGAGAGGAGAUGCCCCCAGCACGGCAAACUGCUGGAGUGCUUCUGUGAGAGUGACUGGCAGUGCAUCUGCGUCCUGUGCUCCGUCAUCUCCCACAAGAACCACAAGAUCAUCAGCUUGGAGGAGGCUUUCAACGAAGGCCAGGUAUCUUUUCCUGGUACUCUGGAAACACUGAAAAACCAUGAAGCUGCAGUGGAUGAAGCCAUAGCAAACCUGCUGAAACAAAAGGAGGGGCUAAAGACUGAUCAGAGCCAGCGGAGGGAACAAUUGGAGAGCCUGUUCAAGGAGAUGUAUAUGGAGCUAGAGAAGAAAAAGGGGGAAGUCCUGAAAGUUCUCAGUGACUACGAGGAGGAACAACUUUCCAAGAUUCAGGCAGAGGUGAAUGAUCACAAGGGGAUGAAGGAUUUGGCCAGCCAGGAUGUUCAGGAGCUGGAGGCUCUGAGAAAUCAGAAGGACACGCUUCUUUUCACCAAGGCUUUUGCAGCGAUUAAAGGCAGGAAAUGCAAGCCACUUCCUAACAUGGAUGGUGUGAGGCUGCCAAAGCCACUCAUUACUUUGGAUAAAUCAGCAACAGAUGCUAUUUUGAGAUUUUUCCAGCAAUUCCUGUCAAAGAUGGAGAACUCCUUUAAGCAGCCAUCACCUAGAGAAUGCAGACCAGCAGCUACUGGUCCAUCAUUUUUUGUUGGUCCUACAGCAUACCCUGGAUGCAUGUAUGGAUCUACCUCUCAUUUUCCUUUCAAGUAGCCUAACAGAAUACAAAUUCAGUGGCAAUCAUAAUGACAAUCAUAGAAAGGAGGGAAGACAGAGAGAAAAGCCAACCAAAGCCAUCCAUGCACAGCACGAUUGUUCCCCCAUCACCUGCUCUCUCAUGUCCAGCCUCCUUGUGGCCAUCUCCCCCCAGUUCAUAUGCUGGGCAUGGUGUUCUGUGGUGUGGAAUAUCUCUUUGUCCAGUUUGGGUCACCAGCCCUAGCUAUGCUCCUUCCCAGCUUUUUGUGCACCUCCUCGCUGGCAAAGCAUGAGGCACAGAAAGCUCCUUGGCUCUGGUCUAGCACUGCUCAGCCACUGCCAAACCAUCGGUGUGUUACCACCAUUAUUCCCUACUGAACCCAAAACUGUACCAGCUGCUGAGAAGAGAAUGAAUUCUCAGGAAUGGAAUUCUCAUGAUUAGAAUGAAUCCCGUCCCAGUGGACAGGACUCCAAUACACACAGUGCCAUCCCAGAGCUGCUGGGAGGAGGACACCAGCAAGGAGAGCUGCUGGAAGCUUGGAAUUCUUUGUGCCUGGUUUGAAUGCUGCCUGCAAAUGCCACACAAUAACCUCUGUGCAU